AUGUUCAGCUCACAGUGUCUGGAUGAGUGCAGCACCUUUCUGAAGAAAACAUCCAGCACGAAUGGCACCCCAAUUUUAAUCGAGAAAGACCUGCUUACCAGCAUCUCUAGCAACAUCGCAUCGCUCGUGUACGCCACAAGGCACGACCACGACGACCCGCACAGGCUCUUCAUGGAUAAGAUGUUGCUGGAAGUGUUCGAAACGAUCGGAAGUGGCAGCAUGCUCGAGUUCCUGCCCCUGUUUGUGCACCAGCUUCUCAGAAAGCUGUCAUCCACACGACGAAGCACCAUGGUCUCCAGCAUCAAGGAGUUAAUCCAGUACACGCUCCGACAAGCCGAGGAGCAGAAUAAGAGCCUUGAUAACAACUACAAUCGGGACUUCAUUGACGGCUAUCUCAAAAAGAUAAAGGAACACGAGAAGAACCCAACAUCAUACCUUACAACUCGCAGCCUCGUAGGGAAUGCAAUGGCGUUGUUCUUCGGUGGCUCAGGCACAGUCAGCCCGACUCUGCACUGGCACUUUCUCAACUUUGCCGACAAGCAGGACACUGUGCAGACCAGAGUACACAAGGAGAUCGACCAAGUGGUUGGGAAAGAGCGCCAGCCUAAGUGGGAGGACCGGCUGAGAAUGCCCUACACCAUGGCCUGCAUCUGGGAGAUGAACCGCUGGAAGACCGUGUCGCCCCUAGCCGUGUACAUUGAUGGCUUUCAUCCCGAGACCCUCGUUUUGAGCGUUCUAGAGGACACCCUCAUCGACGACUUUUACAUCCCGAAGGGAACUACCGUGCUCCCCAACCUGUGGGCGGUGCACAACGACCCCCGCCUGUGGAGGGAACCAUCCAAGUUCGACCCCGACCGCUUCCUCAGAGAGGACGGCUCUCUGGCACAGCAGAAACCUGACUACUUCAUCCCGUUCUCAGUCGGGAAACGCAUGUGCCCUGGAGAGAUCCUUUCGCUUGUGGUGAUAUUUCCGUACAUCACGAACGUACUUCAGAAGUACCGCAUUCUGCCCGAAGAAGGCGAGAUCCAUGGUCUUAACUCCGUCGACGCCGUCAUCCAGGAAGUCGCCCACUACAAGCUCAGAUUCGUACCUCGAUAG